AUGAAUAGCUCAGACACAAUAGCACAGGCGCCCACCUGGGCUGCCCAAACAACCGAAGACGACGACCUCGAUGAACCCCCCGAGAUAAAGCUUCACCACCCUCGACCCCAGAAGUUCCAAAGAGCCCCCAUUCGGAGAGCCUCUGAGCAGCCUUCCCUCCUCACCAAGGCAUUCAAGGAACAGGAUCACGAUGAUUUCCGCGAACCUCCUCGCUCCAUCCUCUCCACCGGCAGCCUGCGCCGUCGCUCCAUGGCCAGCACCGUCAGCAUCGCCUCUACUGCCGACCUCACCAGUGACACGGGCCAGACAAGCCCUUCCCGCACCAACACGCCUAGUCCUCCCAUCCCCGAGAUGGCCAUGCUUCGCCUCAACCGACAAGGGUUCCGCAUUAGCCCCAAUGCCGUCGUCCAGAGUAACACCGCCGAGUUACAAACCCAGGAACCCCCGAAAGAGGCCCCUCGCAAACGCUGCAUCCAGUUUGCCUGUGCUGCGAAACCCCCGCCAGAUGCUCCCGUCAACCCGGUCACUUCUGACAAGGUCGCCGCGUCACAGGAACCGCGUCGUUCAUGCAUCCGCUUUGCUUGCCCGCCUCGCCCCACGGGGACUCCAAACACCCCUCCUGGAGCCUCAGAGUUUACCGUUGCACCAACCUCGCGUCCCGCUACCGAGUCGCCAUCCACUCCCAAGAAGAUCUCGGCUCUUUCAGCUGCUUUGGCUGCCAGUCCCGUUACCGUGCGUCGUCCGUCUAAUGUACCGCCAGUCUCCCGACCCAAAUUCCUGCGUGCCAACUCAAUGGAUCUCGUCAAGGACUCCUCUCAGUUCCAUGAAUUUGCCAGUGGCAUCUCUCGUGAAGACGAUUGGAUACGCCAGGACAACAGCUCUACCAUCCGCGCCAAGCUCACCAUCAACGAUACUCUCACUAAGGAAAACAAUUUCCGCCGCCUGGCUGAUGAGGCUGAAGAGGAGGCUCUUCUAGAAGAAGCCGACGACAAGAAUGAGAAUGCAGAUGAGGAUGACGAUGACGAGGAUGGCCAGGAUGGUAACUCCGAGGACGAGGAUGAUGAAGACGACGAGGACCAGGACCGGGACGAAGAAGAUCUCGAUGACUGCGACGGCUACACCACUGAUGAGGAAACCGGUUUUGCUGAUUCUGACGACGACGAGGAGGACGAGAACAUGAUUCUCUGGACGCCUGGCUAUGGCAAUGCUGUCGGCCACAACUCCAGCACUCCCAUUGUUCGCCGCCCUUCAGCUGCGUCCCAGCUUUCUGAUUGCUCCACUAUCUCCAACCAGAGCCGCAAGGUUGGCCGCCGCUCCAAGCCUCGCAAUAUUCACUCGGAUCAUGAGGCACAUGACCUGCCCGACAGCACUGACUUCGUGUGUGGUACGCUGGACGAGGAUCGACCCUUGGAGGAGGCAUACAUGUCUUGCCUGGCCGCUCGCCGAAGUGAAAAGCUGCGCCUAAUCCCUCAAGAUAUCGACCCCAGCUUCCCAACCUCGGAUCCUGAGAAUGACGAUGACGAUGACGAUGAUGAUCGUCGUAUCGGUAGCGAGGAGGCUUCUUGGAUGCCCGCCAAGAUGGACGAUAUUCACCACGACGAUAGAUCUCGCCGUCGUAGAAAGAGUGAGCAGGGUUCGCCUCGCAAAUAUCAUUCGCCACCGCCUAAACGGCGCCUGUCACCGGCCCCCAAGGGCCGUGGUCGUUCCCCAAAGCCUCUUUUCGAUCGUCGCUCGCCUCGCCGGAUGCGCUCACCUGCGCCCCCCGCUCUCACCACACCCCUCCAGUCUCCACGCCAGGGCGAACUUGUUCAAUUUAACCUUGCUGGACGCCCUGACGUGACUCAUACCAAGUCGCUACCGCGGCCAGCUGCCAUGUUCCGCAUGAAGUCGCACAGGGCUCCCAAGCGGCUGGACGACGAGAUUCACGUCCGUGGUGCUGUCGACAUUGUCAAGGGGCUGGAGAAGAAACGCCAGAGGCGCAAGGAGAAAUUCAAUCAGAAGUACUGCAACAAAGCUCGACGUGGCCAAAUUCCCGAGCGGAAGACGCAACCCGGCCGAGGAGCUGAGCGCAUGAAGGAAGUCGGGUUGCUCAUGGCUGGCAAAAAGGAUCCUGGCAACUAUGUCCAAGGCCUGAACCACACUGAACCACCACGUAUCCAUCCAAGCCCAGCAUCCUCCCUUCGCCACAACACCUAUACCGAAAACGCCCCCAAACGCCCGACCAACAUGUGGAUUGUGAACUGGUUCUACGACGUCUUGUCGUCGCUUGGUCUGCUCAACAAGCACGCCAAGCUUCUGUUCCUCGGUCUCGACAAUGCUGGAAAGACGACGCUCCUGCACAUGCUCAAGAACGACCGCGUCGCUGUUCUGCAGCCCACUCUCCAUCCUACCUCUGAGGAACUCGCUAUCGGCAAUGUGCGAUUUACCACAUUCGAUCUCGGCGGUCAUCCCCAAGCCCGCCGUAUCUGGAGAGACUACUUCCCGGAAGUGAAUGGCGUCGUGUUCCUCGUCGAUGCCAAGGACACGGAGCGAUUCGCCGAGGCCAAGGCAGAGCUCGACGCCCUGCUCGCGAUGGAGGAGCUCUCCAAGGUGCCCUUUGUCAUUCUUGGCAACAAGAUCGACCACCCCAGCGCCGUCCCCGAGGAUACCCUCCGCCACGAACUCGGGCUGUACCAGACGACCGGCAAAGGCAAGGUGCCUCUGGAGGGCAUCCGCCCGAUCGAGGUGUUCAUGUGCUCGGUAGUCAUGCGCCAGGGUUACGGCGACGGCAUCCGCUGGCUUUCUCAGUACGUCUAG